AUGCUCCCUCUGCCACCACUACCGCCCCCAUCCAGCACUAAGCCAUUACUACAAAGUCACCAGUUGGUUAGCCAGCGUCGGCUUCCACCAAUCGCUACCUUGGCUGCAGAAGUCGUCAGUGAUUGCCUUGGUGAGCGUAAUCUUCAGCAACCACCUUACCUCGCACAGGCCGCCAUGCCCCUAGGUAUCUCAGCUCCUGCCUCUGGAACCCUGAUAACCACUAGUCCUGUUGCUGCUUCCACCAUUGCCAGAGCCCUCGCCACUGGAAAAGCAGAAGAGUUGGCUGAGCCAGCACUUGUUCACGCGUCGUCUCAGCAAUCGGCACAUCUUGUUUCUAAUAUUAAGUCAGGUAACGCUUUUAUACAGGCUCAAGCUACGUCAAUACCUGCUUUAGCGCCGCUACCCGAGAUCGUAGGGACCGGCGUCCCUGCCAAUGUCAUUUCGAAUCCUACUGCGGCAGGCGUCGCUAUCAGCACCUCUGUAACUUCUUGUCAUGGGCCGGCGAUGACGCCGCGUCGGCGUACUGGUUCGCACAAGCUGACUGACUCUCAGGUAUACGAGCGUCUCAAGCAACUUGUGUCCAAGGGGGACCCGUUCUCAAAAUACAAAUUAGUGGAGAAAAUAGGACAAGGGUCAGUUGCUUUAUUUGGGUGUUAUAAAUAG